GGUCUACAGGCUAGUAGGAACCAAUAAGGAAAGAGGGAAAGAGAUGGGCGAAGCCAGCGCCAAUGGAGAUCCGCUGAUCACCGCGACGGAAAUCGCGAAGUUGCUGGAAAAGAGGACGAUAAAAAGAUCUAACUUACCAAGGAUAAACAUCUUCCCAUUCAAAGGGGAUAGGGUGACAUAUUGGUUGAAACUACUCGGGCAGAUAUUCAACCAAUUGACCCCAGCCGAGAAGUUUGCCCAAUUAUUCGAGUACGUAUGGUGGGAGUGCACCUCUUACGUAGAAGAGGUAGUGAGAAAGUCCAACAAUGAUUGGGCUGAGUUUAAAAAGGGCAUGCAAAAGACGUUUAAGCUAGGAGAUGGCCUGCUCACAAUUGACCAUCUCUAUAACAUGAACAGAGAUGACUUCACCACGAUCAGGGCAUUCGCCAAUACAUUCRAAAAGACWGCCGAGAGGGUCCCRAGACUGUYUKAAGAGAUGYAGUGCGUCAUAUUCMUAGGGAAAUUCUCUGGGUAUGAGGCAAUGRAACUAACUCGAGRGGGAGCCGCYGGGAAAAAGACGACCUGGGAAACCAUAAAGAGGAACAUCGCGGCAGGAGACAUGGACCAAGUGUUCCAUCACCAAAUAAAGGUCGAACGAAAGAAAAGAAAGGCAGUAGGGACAAUCCAAGGAACGGAGAGUAUACUUGGGGGAGUAUUGAGCAAUAUGACCAACGAGAUAAAAGAGCUUAGGGAAAGAGUGACACCAUCGAAAGUGUUAACAGUGACACAGCCAACAGGGAAAAAAAAGAAGGAAGAGGAAGAUGGAGAGGAAGAGGCAGAAGAUGGAGGACCAGAAGAAACGGGUAAACUGACCAAGUGUCAAAGGAAGGCUAAAAAUAUCGCUAUUGGGGGACAAGGCGGAGAAUGGAACGGACAAGGAUAUAGCAGGGGGUGGAUUGAUUACAGUGAAUACAUCUGUACCCACUGCGCGAUCAAAGGGCACACGGUAAAACGAUGUCAUGUUAGAAAGCUUGAUGAGCGUGAAGGGCUCAUAACAUUAAACAUGAAAGGCGAGGUGUUCGACCAAAAUGGUAGGGUGAUUGAUCCUGAGAUUCCAGGGGGCACAAGGGAAGAGGCUCUUCGUGUGACCGUGCUUGGUCCCAACGAACCAGGAAUGUUCCGAAUUUGGCAGAAAAAGGAAGAAUCAGUAGUGCAGGUGGACGAUAUAACUAACUUGGAAGAGAAAGUGAAUAGGAUGGGGAUUGGAGAAAACAAGGGAGACGUGCCGCUGGUGGAAGAAGAAACAGAGGAGGAAGACGUUAGGGCUAACAUCAGAGACACGUUCGAUAGGAUGAAAGACUUGGUAGACAAAAUACAGAGGCUACAUCUGAGGCUUCAAGGGAUAUGUGAAGAAGCAGGAGAAGAAGGAGCAGGAUGCCCAAAGGUAUUUACCAUGGGGCGUGGGGGAACGGGAGAUGGGCCAAAUGAACCCAACCCGAGAAUGUUGAGAGCCAAUAUGGCCGCAAGGAACAGAGAACCUGACUUUCUGACACGGCAAAAGGAGGACUUGGUAAAAAAACUGAUACGUGAAAAACAUGGGGCAUAUGCCUUCAACGAUGAUCAACGUGGAAGGCUGAAUGUGGACAAGAAAGAAAUGAUCCGUAUUCAAACUGUACCCCAUAAGCCAUGGAAUAUCCGAGUGGCUAAGUAUCCCAACCCUGAGGAUCGCAGAAGGGUGGUAGAGUACCUAGAUGGGAAGAUCCGCACGGAUGUGGCAGGGUACUCCAGUGGAUCAUAUGCCUCUCCCUGGUUCUGUUUUGUAAAGCCAAAUGGAGUUCUCAGAUGGGUGCAAGACCUCCAACGACUGAACGCGGUAACUGUAAGGGAUGCAGGGGGUCUUCCCAAUGUUCACCAGUUAUCAGAAGUUUGUGCAGGUAUGUCGAUUGUGUUCCUUAUCGACCUCUACUCUGCAUAUGACCAGUUUUCAGUCUAUCCGGCAGACCGUCCUAUCACGGCGAUGCACACGCCAAGGGGAUUAGUCCAUAUGAAUGUUGCGCCGCAAGGAUGGACCAAUGCUGUGGCCAUGGUGCAACGAAGCAUGAUCAGGGUAAUGCAGCCAAUCAACCCUCAGAUCACCGAGCCAUACAUAGACGAUUUUGCCGUCAAGGGCCCGAUUGAGAAGAAUGAGUCAAAAGUGGCUCCAGGGGUAAGAAAGUUUGUGUGGGAACAUGUUCAAGGGUUAAGAGAAGUCUUAUCUCUGCUAGAAGAGUACAACCUCACCGCCAGUGGUGUGAAGUCAAGACACUGCGUGCAAGAGGUAACCAUUCUAGGAUACAUUUGCAACGAGCAUGGUCGGCGCCCUGAUAAGAAGAAGACCAAUAAAAUCCUGGAAUGGCCUACUCCUUCAAAAAAUGUGGGUGAAGUCCGAAGUUUCCUUGAUACUUGUGGGUUCUGGAGAAGAUUCAUAGAAAGAUUUGCUAGCAAAACAGAGCAUCUAAGGAAGCUAGUCCGGAAGGAUCAGGAAUGGGAAUGGGGAAACCAUCAAGAGGAAGUGGUGGAAGAAUUGAAGAAGGAGUUCAGAGAAGGAGGUCUGGUAAUAGGGGUACCAGACUUUGAUGCGACUAUGGAACGACCCUUCAUAGUUGAAACUGACGCUGGACCAACCGCCCUGGGAGGCGUCUUGAUUCAGGCAGACAGUGAACGAAAGGAGAGGCCGCUGAGGUUUGAAAGCAGGACACUGAACUCGGCAGAAAGGAACUACUCGCAGUUUAAAAAGGAAGCUUUGGCGGUCCUGCACUGCCUAAGGAUCUUUAGGCACUACCUCUUUGGGAGGAGGUUUGUGUUCAGGAUUGAUCCUACGGCGCUUGUGUACUCACUCAAAAACUUCUCGCCCUCAGAUCCGACCAUAGCCAGAUGGUUCACCUAUAUCUGGAUGUUCGACUUCCAGUUAGAGCGGAUCCCUGGGAACAAGAACAGGGCGGACUGGAUGAGCAGAAUUGAGUGGGGAAAUCAAGGGGAAUCUAAUGAAGAAACGGCUCCGGUAGACGGGUUUUUGGACGAAGGGGAAGACAUGCGAACUCACGUGAACUGUUGAUUCAUGUUUGCCGAGAGUAAAAAAAUGAGGAGAGG